UCGGCCCAAGGCGGCAGUGCGCGUCCCCGAGCCGCGCGCGCCCCACGACUUCGUUCCCUCCGGGGCCUCGCGCGCGCGUUGCCGCCCACCCCUCCGCCGCCGCCGUCGUCGCCCCUCGAGCCAGCGGCGCCAUGUCUUCGCCUCCAGAAGGGAAGCUGGAGACCAAAGCCGGACACCCGCCCGCCGUGAAAGCCGGCGGAAUGCGGAUUGUGCAGAAACACCCACACACGGGAGAUGGGAAGGAAGAAAAAGACAAAGACGAGCAAGAAUGGGAAAGCACCAGCCUGCCCAAACCAACAGUGUACAUCUCCGGUGUUAUUGCCCGGGGUGACAAAGACUUUCCCCCGGCGGCUGCACAAGUGGCCCACCAGAAGCCGCAUGCCUCUAUGGACAAGCAUGUUUCUCCAAGAACACAGCAUAUCCAACAACCUCGCAAGUGACCUGCGCCCAGGCCCCAGUGCCCUCUGCAGCCGCAGCACCCAGGCCUGCCCCCUACGAUGCUCCCCUGACCAAAGGAACUUGUGCUUUCCGGGCAGUUUACUAAGUUCAGAAGCCUAAGACAAAGCAAAGUGAACCGCCACGGUCUCAGAUCUCCAUAUUUAAAACUAGAGAGGCUCCAACUGCAAAAGUUUUCCUAGAGUCCGAGUUAUGUGUCACUGAAGGGUCACCGUACCAUGACCCCUCCCUCCCCCCAGAAGUGCCACUGGCAGAACAUGGCGAGUCCUGAGGAAGUCCUUCCUACUGGCAAUCACUUAAAGUACUUACUCUUGGGUCCUAAAAGGAAGAAGCCACCUUGGAGAGAUUUGAUAAGGUUAGAAAAGCAAAACACUAUGAUAAGGAUUUUAUAAAUUGUGAUUUCCUGCCCUACCAUACCCUGUACUGGCCCCGGUCCAUGGUUGCAGAAAAGUUAAAGGGCUCCUUUAGCCGUACAUAGAACCUUCUAGAGUGCUGCUCACAGAGUACUCCUGGCUGUCCCGAUGCUCUGUGACCUGCAGCAUCUGCACCACCAGCCAUUCUGGAACUAUUCACCAGGCCUGUGCUAUUUCACUGAAGGAGGGGCCGGCUCCUUGAAUCUUAUGAUCAACUUGGUAUCCCGGGAGUGGGCCUAACAGGGAGCAGGACAUACAUACACCUCGAGACCCUGUUUGGUCAGUCUCUUCGUUCUUAAUUACUGAAGGCCUCUUCAGUACCAAGAACCAAGGCUCAUACUAGAGACCCAGGCUUGGGUGCAGCACUGCCAUGGAACCCACAGCCUUGCUCUGUCCUAUGGGACCAAAUAUAGGAAAGACCUUAGAGCAGGUAACACCAGGUCCCCUGUGCAGACCUUCUUCCCUUCUGGUACCUAACUCCUGAAACGUCCAUAGUCCCUUUUAGUUCAACAACCUGAGGGGCCGCCCAUGUUCCGUGUACUCUGAGCUAUCCCUGGUGUGCCUCUGUGGGCUCUAGGUCGCUGAAUGUGACAUGUUUCUCUAAAUAAAUUUAAUAAUCUUAAUGACAUUGAGAAUAUGUUGAUUAUAAUAAAGCUCCUGCAUUCUG